AUGGUGCCACAUGCCAUCUUGGCACGGGGGAGAGACGUGUGCAGGCGGAAUGGACUACUCAUCCUGUCUGUGCUGUCUGUCAUCGUGGGCUGCCUCCUUGGCUUCUUCUUGAGGACCCGGCGCCUCUCACCACAGGAAAUUAGUUACUUCCAGUUCCCUGGAGAGCUCCUGAUGAGGAUGCUGAAGAUGAUGAUCCUGCCACUGGUGGUCUCCAGCUUGAUGUCCGGACUUGCCUCCCUGGAUGCCAAGACCUCCAGCCGCCUGGGCGUCCUCACCGUGGCGUACUACCUGUGGACCACCUUCAUGGCUGUCAUCGUGGGCAUCUUCAUGGUCUCCAUCAUCCACCCAGGCAGCGCGGCCCAGAAGGAGACCACGGAGCAGAGUGGGAAGCCCAUCAUGAGCUCAGCCGAUGCCCUGUUGGACCUCAUCCGGAACAUGUUCCCAGCCAACCUAGUAGAAGCCACAUUCAAACAGUACCGCACCAAGACCACCCCAGUUGUCAAGUCCCCCAAGGUGGCACCAGAGGAGGCCCCUCCUCGGCGGAUCCUCAUCUACGGGGUCCAGGAGGAGAAUGGCUCCCAUGUGCAGAACUUCGCCCUGGACCUGACCCCGCCGCCCGAGGUCGUUUACAAGUCAGAGCCGGGCACCAGCGAUGGCAUGAACGUGCUGGGCAUCGUCUUCUUCUCUGCCACCAUGGGCAUCAUGCUGGGCCGCAUGGGUGACAGCGGGGCCCCCCUGGUCAGCUUCUGCCAGUGCCUCAAUGAGUCAGUCAUGAAGAUCGUGGCAGUGGCUGUGUGGUAUUUCCCCUUCGGCAUUGUGUUCCUCAUCGCCGGCAAGAUCCUGGAGAUGGACGACCCGAGGGCCGUCGGCAAGAAGCUGGGCUUCUACUCGGUCACCGUGGUGUGCGGGCUGGUGCUCCACGGGCUCUUCAUCCUGCCCCUGCUCUACUUCUUUAUCACCAAGAAGAAUCCCAUCGUCUUCAUCCGCGGCAUCCUGCAGGCCCUGCUCAUCGCGCUGGCCACCUCCUCCAGGAAGAACCAAGUGAGAGCACUGCAGUGCCCGUGGUCCUUCCCUCCUGCCAGAGCAGCGCCACAGGGGCACAAACACUCCUAGCGGGGUGGCUGCCUGGGGCAGGGUGAGCUUCCCGACGGAGGCCCCAGCCAUCCUGGAGGAGGGUGCUGGGCAGACACCGGCCCCUCUAACCGUAGCUCAGCCACACUGCCCAUCACCUUCAAGUGCCUGCUGGAGAACAACCACAUCGACCGGCGCAUCGCGCGCUUCGUGCUGCCCGUGGGUGCCACCAUCAACAUGGACGGCACUGCGCUCUACGAGGCCGUGGCCGCCAUCUUCAUCGCCCAGGUCAACAACUACGAGCUGGACUUUGGCCAGAUCAUCACCAUCAGUAUCACAGCCACUGCAGCCAGCAUUGGGGCAGCUGGCAUCCCCCAGGCCGGCCUCAUCACCAUGGUCAUCGUGCUCACCUCCGUGGGACUGCCCACCGAUGACAUCACCCUCAUCAUUGCCGUUGACUGGGCUCUGGACCGUUUCCGCACCAUGAUUAACGUGCUGGGUGAUGCGCUGGCAGCGGGGAUCAUGGCCCAUAUAUGUCGGAAGGAUUUUGCUCGGGACACAGGCACCGAGAAACUGCUGCCCUGCGAGACCAAGCCAGUGAGCCUCCAGGAGAUCGUGGCAGCCCAGCAGAAUGGCUGUGUGAAGAGUGUAGCCGAGGCCUCCGAGCUCACCCUGGGCCCCACCUGCCCCCACCACGUCCCCGUUCAAGUGGAGCAGGACGAGGAGCCACCCACUGCGAGUCUGGACCACUGCACCAUCCAGAUCAGCGAGCUGGAGACCAAUGUCUGAGCCUGCAGAGCUGCAGGAGCGGGCGAGACCUCCAGGGGCAGGGUCCUGAGGCAGGAACUCAACUCUCCAACCCUCCUGAGCAGUCGGCAGGGGCCAGGAUCACACAUUCUUCUCACCCUUGAGAGGCUGGAAUUAACCCCGCUUGACGGAAAAUGGAUCUCAGAGAAGGGAAAGGCUGCAUGGGGGAGCCCC